AUGGGUCUAGAAGUUUAUUCACAGUUUUCACUCGUUGUUUCUUUUUUUAACGGCAAACCUGUUCACGUUGUUAUUCGUCGCUUCAAAAACGAAUACUCUAGGAGCGUGAUCGUUUUUGGUUCUGUUGCAGACACAAAAGAGGCACUGAAAUUGUGUGGGAAAAAAUUGCGCGGAAUUCCAAUUUAUAUUAAGCCGAAUGGGAACAGUCGAGAAAUAGUGCUUGCAAGUGGGUUCAACAACCAAUCGACAGUAAAAGAGAUCAUGAAACAACUUCGUAGUGAAUUCAAGUCAAGAGGCGAAGUCCUUAACAUUUUUGUUCCAGAAGAUAAUGAAACUGGUGGUUGUCUAGGUUUUGGAUAUAUAUACAUUGACCCUCAAGGCGUGGAUGGAGGAGAUUUGUGGAAAUCAUUUGAAAUUGAUGGUCUUCCAAUUACGCUUACUAAGGCUUCACCGAAAUUAUGCUUCGAAGCUGAAAUAGUGGGCAAGAAAAAGGCGAAUGAUGAAGACGAAAAGACUGCUUUGAAAAAGAUGCUAUUACCAUUAAAUACUAGUCUACCGACCUUGAUGUAUACCCAAAGAAGAUACUCUUGGACAGAUAAAAGACCGGACAUUACUGCUGAGUCUUAUAAACAAGAGACAAAUGAUUGCUGGGCUGCUGCUCUUCAUAGGGCGUAUUCAGCACUGCUGACACUAUCAGGCUCACCGGGACGAGUUUUAACACGUCAAGGUAUUAUUGAUGGGGUUGAUGAGGCUUAUCAGGCAUCUGGAGAUGGCAUCGACAGGCUUAAGUAUGCAAUUUCGUUUAUGGAGAAGUAUGUCAAAGAAAUGAACAUUUACCGACGUCCUAGGGGUAAUGAUGCGUCUUCUUAUGAAGAUUUUGAGAGUUUUACCCUACAACUUCUAGCAACAACACCUGUCAUGGUGACUGUUGAAUGUCUUCCAAGUUUCCAAUCUUUCGAUGGACAAGUUGCGACAACCACAGAGCCUUCAGAGAUAAAUUCUGAUGAUCCAGAAGCUUUAGUAAAGCCUCAGAAGCCGAAAAGGCUCAAGAAGAUAGUAGAUGAAUUAAGUAACCGUCUGGACGAGAUGACUGAAAUUGUUAAAAAACUAAAGAAGAAUUCAGAUCUACUGGAAGAGGAGAAUAAUAACACUCCAAAGGAAAAGGUGGUAGACCAUGAGUGCUAUUUCGAAUCUGAAGAUGCAGAUUUUAAAAACCGGCGAACAAUUUUUGUUCUGGGAUUCGAUUGUUCCUUUCCGAGGGAUGAAAUAAAGAGAACAUUGAUUAAACACUUCAGUUCUUGUGGAGAGGUCUCAAGGGUUUAUAUUCCUUUUCAUUGUGAUACUGGCUCUCCCAUGGGUUUUGCCUUCAUUAGUAUGGGAAAUCCAGACAAGGCUUUAACACUCAAUGGAAGUUACUUGGAAGGGAUGAGACUUGAGGUUACAAUGGCUACAAAGAGAAGUGAAUACUAUGGCUAUACCAACCAUCGUGGCUGUCAACGUUGUGGUAUUGCUUCAGCGAAGCGGUUGGCGAAACGCUUCUACGAUCGUACCAGAAUACGAAUCCCGUUAGUGCCUAGCGAUUUCUAGCAAGAUCAAUAAGCUACUGCUUUACCCGACCAGCUACAUCAUCCUUUGUGUUCUAAGAUACCUUGUUUUAGCAUUCUGCUACUUAUGCGCAUUAUUAUCUAUGUCUAAAUUAAAUGUUGAAUAUUUCUGUGUCUGUCAACUGUUGAAUCUUUUUCUUUAUGGAAGUCUAUCAUCUAUUUUUGUAGCAUUCAGUGCCUGGCAAUAUCUAGCAAGAUCAAGAAGCUA